AUGAAUAUCAUAUUAUUUGCAGUGUUGUUUUUUGUGAGAGCAGAUCACAUACCUGAAUUCAAAGCUGCCUUAGAUUUCAACUAAAUUAAUAGCUUCAAGUAGCACAUCAUAAAACCAAUCAUCUCGCUUAUUUAGGGUGCUCAUCUUCCACUAGAUAUAAAUUUGAAACAAUCAUUACCCCUUAUUGGUUAAGUGGAACUAGACCUCAAUGAAGUCUAUUUAGAAGAACUUACUCUUAAUUGGGAUGAUACUUUUAUCAUGCCAUAUCAGAAUAAAGAGGAUUCCAUACUAUUAUAAUUGAGAUAAGCAAAUAUCACAAUUUAAGCUUUCACUAGAUUAGUUUUUGGAGGAUGGUAAGUUCUAAAUACAGGGACAGUAUUUAAAUUGUAGAAUUUGGAUUUUAGUUUAGUGAUAUAAUUCGAUCCAACAACUACAAAAAGAUCAUGGGUAAUAAACUUAUAUAUAUUUUUAAGGGUUUCAAACCAAUAAUCAAAUAUGUAGAUAUAUCAUUAUCACGUUUGUAAUUCAUAAUGGAUAAUGUUAUUAUUCCUCCCUAAGCUGGAAUAAAUGCUUUUGUCGAUCUUCUUACGCCUUUAAUAAUAAAACAAACAAAAAAGAUGAUUCUUUAAGUUGCAUCACCAGCAUUAGGAGUUUUAUCAUAAAAUCAAAGAUUAUAACUAGCCUAAUAAUUUGGUGAUUACACUUAUCAAUUCUAAAUAACAUUUACAAGACCACCCUGUGUAAUAUAUAGUGAAAGUACAUUUAUGAGCCUUGAAUUGGAUAUUCAAAUAGAAAAUGUUGACACAGGUAAUGGUUGUCCAAUAUUUGAUACUGGUAAUCUACCAAAUAGAGUGAAUUCUAAUCAAGCUUUAGAAUUGAUUCUUGGUGGUAAUAUAAUUGAUUAAUUACUCUGGAUAUUAAUUGAUAGCAAAAAAUUAGAUUUAACAAUAGAUGAUUCUAUGUUAGAAAAUAUUGAUUUACCUAUUUCAUUAACUACAAAUGGAAUGAAAUUAAUAAUUCCUGAUUUCUAUGAAGCAUAUGGACCAGAUAAAGGAAUUUAUAUACGUAUUUAUGGAUAAACAGCUGAAUAAUAAAUGUAUAUUAGAAGUGGUAGAUUACUUGGAGCAAUGACUGUUAUGAUGGAUUUCAUAGUUGAUACAGAUUCAAAUAAUUAUCCAAAUAAAGGAGAAUGCUAAUCCUGUGUAAUAGCUUAUACAGCUGAAGUAUAAUUAGGUAUAAUGGUCACACUUUAUAAUAAAUCUCCUAGACUCUUUUCAGCUUCAGUCAUGCUUGUCAAAAUUAUUGAUAUUGAUUAAACUUCAGGAGAACUCUUAACUGUUCAACAAUUAAGUAUUAUGUAAACAUUAAAUUCUCUUGUUGGUGCACUUCUACCUUCAAUCAAUCAAGAUCUAAACUAAGGUAUUGAAAAUCCUUUUAUUGGUGCCUUUGGACUUAAAGAAAUUGAUAUCACUAUGGGAGACAGUUUCAUUUCCUUAGGAGUAGUACUUAAUGAAUGAUCAAACAAAUAGCAU